CAGAGCAGCAGGGCCCGCUCGCUGCCUCCAUGUGACUGCAGCUUCCGUUGGCUCCUUCCGCAAAGGCUAAAUCGGUGCUCAGCCAGAGGGCGGGUGGCACACGGCCCCGGGGGUGGCACACGGACCCCGAGGGUGGCAUAUGGACCCCUGCCCCUGUCCCCAGGACCCCCUGAGCACAGCUGAGGGGCCGCAGGAUGGAGCGUUGCAAAGCCCUCGCGGUGCUGCUCCACGCGUGGCAGCUGUGAAAGUGCCUUGUGUCAAACACUGGCUGAGCCCUCACUGCUCAUUUGCCUGAGUUUCAGCUUUUCCCCAGAUGCAAAUGCCGUCAGCUCCGCUCCCACCAGGAGUGCCGCCACUGAGAUGGAGGCCCCGCUCCCUGGUCUCUCCCUGCUUCUUCUCCUCCUGGCAGUGGGAUGGGGAAGCAGGAUGGAUGCAGCCUGGGUAUCAUCUCCUGGGGGCUGUGAGCUUGUGCAGAGCAUCAUGGACUGCACAGGCAGAUGGCUGAGUUCCAUCCCAGGAAACCUUCGAGGCGAUACCGAGGAGCUGUUUCUUGAUGACAACACUAUCCAGGUCCUGGGCAAUGCCUCCCUGCUCCUGUAUCCCCAGCUCUGGCAUCUCAGCUUGACCAGGAACCGGCUGGAGCUCAUUGAGCCCGGUGCCUUCCUCAGCAGCCAAGGCCUGGAGGUGCUCUCCUUGACAGACAACCUGCUCUUCACCAACUACUCGCUGACAGCCGCUGCUCUUUCUGCUCUGCCGGCCUUGAGGAUGCUGGAUCUGGCUGGAAACCAGCUCAGGGAGGACAUGGUAUCAGUUUUAGUCUCAAACCUCUCUUCCUUGGAGUCUCUGUCUGUGGCCAGGAACAUCAUCAUGAGAUUGGACUCAUCCAUCUUCACAAACCUGACAGAGCUGCUGGAGCUGAACCUGGAGAAGAACUACAUCUUUGAGAUUGACAAUGCUUUCGAAGGGCUGCAGAGGCUGCAGAGGCUCAACUUAGCUUAUAACUACCUCCCGUGUCUGGUGGGGUUUGACCUGACCCAGCUCAGGGUGCUCAAUCUCAGCAACAAUGUCAUUGAGUGGUUUCUGACCAUGGAAAUUGAUGACCUCUUUGAGCUGGAGGUGCUGGACCUGUCCCACAACCGCCUCCUGUUCUUCCCUGUGCUGCCCCAGCAGAGCAAGCUGCACUCCUUGCUGCUGCAGGACAACAGGAUGAGUUUCUACCAGCGCCUCCCCAACGGCACCUCCCUGGCCAACGUCACCAUGCAGUUCCUGAUCAUUGAUGGCAACUCCACCAACAUCACCACGGUCAGGCUCUGGGACGAGCUCUGCCACAGCAACCUCUCCUCCCUGCGCCUCCUGGACAUGAGCCAGAAUGAGGUCUGGGGCCUGCCAGAUGAUUUCCUAGCGCAGACACCCUCCCUGACCCACCUGAAGCUCAACCAGAACUGCCUGGAGGCAUUUCACCUCUCGGAGGAGGACUCCUUGGCCAUGCUGACAGAGCUGGACCUCAGCCAGAACCAGCUGGUGGAGCUGGGGGUGAAGGUGGGCACUGGGGACAUCCUGCCCAGCCUGCAGCUCUUCAACCUCAGCACCAACAGGCUUCAGGCUCUUCCUCCCGGGAUUUUCACCCACACCAGGAAGAUCACUACCCUGGACCUCAGCUACAACCGGGUUGACCUCUGUCCCCAGCCAGGUGAGCCCAAGAGUCUCUCCUGCGUGGACAUCAGGGGUGUGGAGACCUUGGCCCACCUCUCCUUGGCUGGCUGUGGUCUGCAGGGGAUGGGCGGCCGCCCCUUCCAGGGGACAUCGCUGACGCACCUGGACCUCUCUGACAACCGCCAGCUGCUGUCCGGGGACCUGGGCUGGCUGCAGGACCUUGUCCUGACACUGCAGGUGCUGUCUCUGAGGAACACCAGCCUCUCCUCCACCACGGACUUCUCUGCCCUGGGCAGCCUCGUGCGCUUGGACCUUUCUGGGAAUUGCUUGGCCGCGUUCCCCGGCUCGCUGGGCGCGCUGAGGCUGCGCAGCCUGGACCUGCGGGACAACUGCCUGCCGGCGCUGCCGCGGGACCUGCCGCAGGCACCGCUGGGCAGGAGCCUGCGGGAGCUCUACCUCAGCCAGAACCCCUACAACUGCUGCACGCUGGGCUGGUGGGACGCCCUGCAGCAGGCCGAGGGGCUGCGUGUCCCCGACGGGCCGGAGGUGACCUGCAGGCACGGCUCCCGCGCGCUGAGCCCCGGCGCGCUGCCCCAGCCCGUCCUGCAGAGCUGCCAAUGGCAGAGGGCCGACCUGGCGCUCCUCUACCUGGUGCUGGCUCUGCCCACCUGCCUGACGCUCCUGGUGGCCUUCGUGGUUGUCUUCCUCAUGCUCAAGGAGAAACUGCUGAAAAUGGUGAAAAAUCGGUGUGGGGUGUCCAGCCCUUACUAAUGGCUGAGGAAGAGGAAGGGCUCGGGAAGAGUCUGUAAUAGGGGGUGGUCAGGAGUGUAGGUGAUAACCCCUCCGAGGUGGUCAAGAUGGAAAGCUGAUGGAUGCAGGACAGGAGGUGCUGGGAGAGCCGCCAUUCCUGCCCUAAUGGUAGCUAAAGGGUGAGGGCUCUGUCUGGUGAUGGAGCGCUGGGAAUCCUCAAGGAACGUGUCUGCUGCUGAGAGCUGAGUGGACAUGACAGCAAACAUUCCUCGGCUAAAAGGACAGGUUGCCCAGAAAAUCUAUGGAUGCCCCCAAUCGUGGAAGUGUUCAAGGCCAGAUUGGAGUGGGAUUGGAGCAAUCUGAUCUGGAGGAAGGUGUAGGAAAGUGUUGUAACCAGAUGGGUUUUUAAGGUCUCUUGCAACCCAGACCACUCUGGUAUUCUGUGACAGUUUUCUCCAGCACUGCUUUGCCCCCCACCUUUCAGCAGUUCCUUUUAUUUAUUCCCACCUGUAGCCAACUCAAAAAGUCUUCUAGAUCUGCAACCAGCCUCCACAAAGUGCCCCAUGCUGGAGCAAACAUCACCUGGGCGCUGUGGAGAAGGGUCUCUGUAGCCACAGCUUUCCACACCGCUCUUGCCAGCAUUGCCAAACUCACAGGCAGCCCUGAUCAUGCACCAUGUGUGUGUGCUGAUAAAGACAGGCGUUGUCAGCAGGGUUGAAAGACAUUAUGGGGUGUUGUUUCUUCACUAAAGUCACAGUCUGGGUUAGAAAAGUCCAUUAGAAACAGCCCAAGUUGCAACAACAGGAAAUAUUGAUUGAAAAGCAGGAGAGUAAAUUACAUCUCUCAGUGAUAUUUUAUCAUGGAUUUAUAUUUCUCCAGUGACUGCUGGAUUAAACAUACAAAGGAAACAAGAGAAAUCCUUCCUCCUUGUUGUGCAAGCCCUGCUCCCAUGGGCAGUGCCCGGGGGUUUCCUCCACCCAGCUCUGCUCACAGCAGCUCUGCCUCUCCCAGAGCAGCAAGCACUACCUGGGGAAGUGCUGCUCUGUUCCUCGGGGGUCACUGAGGGGAAAGGAGAAGUGGUGGUGGCUUGUGCUAACUCAAAAGCCCUUCUCAGAACUGGAGUGGCUUUAUUCCUGUGGCACUGUUGGGAUUUUUCUAGUGAAACGUGUUUAAUGGGAACAGGGCACAGGGAAGUGUGCAGCAGUGCUGGAGUGGGAAUUCAGGGGGCUUGUCCUGCCUGGGUGUGGGCAGGCUCAGUUGGUGAUGUGGGGUGUGCCAGGGAUCAAGCCAGGUGGAGCUGUCCUGUGAGGUGAUGGAGGGAGAUGCCCAAGGCUGGCCUGAACCCAGGAGGAUGCUGGGGAUGGUGCAGGCAGGGGAGCCAAGGCUGGCAGCAGGGCAGACCCUUCCCAGGCACGGCUGUGGGAUGGGGCUCAUGGGGGAGCCUGGUGUGGCUGGUGGCUGUGCAAGGCUGCAAAAUGGAUGGGUCAGACCCUGCGAGACCAGCCAGCAGCUCCACUGGGGCUGAGAGCAGUACAGGCUCUGGAAACCCAUCUGUCAGAUCUGGCUGGGAAAUGACCGCUUUCUGCCCCAAUUUUAGACUGAAAUAGCCAAAACCAAAGCAGGCCCCAACUGGGGAAUCCCUCAGCCUAUUUCAACCCUUCUUUUGCCCAUAAGCUGCACCCUGGGGGACAGCAGUGACCUAUAAAUACAUCCCUGCACCAUCUCCCAGCUGCAUUCUGGCAUCUCCCCACUGGCAGGGUGAGUGGGUGCCCCUGUGAGCUCCCCUCUCCCUGGGGCUGGGCUGGGAGGGAUGUGUGUCCUUCCCCACCUCCACAGCUGGAGAGGGAUGUGUGUCCUUCCCCACCUCCACAGCUGGAGAGGGAUGUGUGUCCUUGCCCACCUCCACAGCUGGAGAGGGAUGUGUGUCCUUCCCCACCUCCACAGCUGGAGAGGGAUGUGUGUCCUUCCCCACUUCCACAGGUGGAGAGGGAUGUGUGUCCUUCCCCACCUCCACAGCUGGAGAGGGAUGUGUGUCCUUCCCCACCUCUGCAGCUGGAGAGGGAUGUGUGUCCUUCCCCACCUCCGCAGCUGGAGAGGGAUGUGUGUCCUUCCCCACCUCCACAGCCAAUGCUGCUGCUCCAUCAUGCGUGGGGUGCAGGGUGCAGCUGUGGGAGGACACACAGGGAGGAACCCAGGCACCUGGCACUGCCCAGGGCAUGGAUAAAAACAGGGAUUCUUAAUUGUGUGGAGCUGAUGGAGAUAUUCAACAUUCCCUCACCAUGGUGCCUGGAAAGCCGUGGCUCACCUGGAGCUGUGAUGUGAAGGGGGUGCUAGGGCAGCAAGAGGAGAUUCCACUUUCUGAGGUGUCCUUACAAAGCUGCUCUCAGCAUCUUUGCAAGGCCAUGGUGAUUGAUCAGGGAAGGUCCUUGGUGCCUGGAGAACCCAGGGGUCCCACCCAGCUUCAGAAAUGACCAAAAGGCCAGCCCAGAGAGCAACAGGGCAGUCACCUUCUUGUUGGGAAAACCAUGGAAUGAAUGCUCUUUAUUUGGAGCACAGCUCUAGAAAAGAGCGUAGCUGGAAGAAGCCUGCAUGGACUGCUGAGGCUAAGUUAUGCCUGCCCAAGCUGCUUUCCUGUCAGGAUGAAAUGGAUGGAUCUGCAGGCAAGGGGAGAGUGGUGGAUUCCCUGUGCCUCAGCAAGGCUUUGGACACAGAGUCCCACAGUGUUCUCCAUCAAAGUGCAGAGGCCAAGGUCUGCAUGGGUGGGCAGCCAGGCAGGUCAGGACCAGUGGGAGUGAAGUGCAGAGGGCUGUGGCCAGUGGGAUGUGCUCUACCAGGAGGCUGCUGAGGGGGCUGUUUUGGGAUCUGUCCCACUUCAUGUCUUUAUGCAUGAUCUAAACUGGCUGUGAAGUACCUUCCUGCCACAUUCCCAGAGGAUCCCAAACUGGGAAGACCAGUAUGGCUCCCUGUUGAAGGUCUGGGCUGGAGGAAUGGGGAGCAGGAACCUCACAAUCCAGGCACUCCUCUGGCCUCAUGUAGCCCUCACUGGAGAGGAGGCCAUGCCUGGGGCAGGGCACACACCAUGUCCUGCUCAGGAUGAAGCUGGGGGCAGGCUGGAAGUGGAGGAGAGGUUCCCAGGGGCCCUCCCCCUCCCAAGUGGGAGAUCUUCCUGUGUUGUUAUGUUGCAAUUGUUGAGGCAAGGCCUGUGCCAGACCCCUGCACGCCCUUUCCUGUCCUGGAAGAGCUGAGUCAGCCUUUACAUUUUGUUUAAUUUUGGCAAGUGAGGCCUCAGUUUUCAUUUCUCUCCUGAGUGAAGACCCCUUUGACCAAGCAUGAGCUCCCUUGUCCUCUCUAGUAAAGCACUCUGGAUUAACUGACACUUGCUCCAUGAUUUUCACAGCAGUGACUCAUUUUGGGGUGUAGGAGGAGAGCUCUUCCAGCUGCUCCUCCAGCCACUCCUCUUAGUUAUGUCAGGCAGCAGUUUGUUGAGGCCCUUCAAUUUGGGAUGAAGGCCAAUCUCACCCUCAGCCCUCACAGCUGCCUGGGUUCAGAAAGCCAAACCCCAGGAAGCAUUUGGCAUUGUAAAAUUUCCAAAAGAAUCCUAAUCUUAGUCCUCCAGUUCUCACACGAGAGCAGGACUGACCUAGUAGAGCCCAGCCAAGGCAGAUAGCUGGAUUAAAACCUUCAGUGGGAUGAGUUUGUCUUACUCUAGAACCACCCCCAGCCUUUGACCUUCUACCACUCUGGCUCUUCUGAUACUUUAAGCACAUUCUCCCAGAUCUGAGCACUGAUGAGGAAGCAUCACCCAGGAGUGUAAGGAUCCAACCAUCCCAUUGAAGCAGUUUGAAAUCACUGUGUUUUCAAAAGUACUUUCAAGACUAAUUCAUUUCCAAGAUACUCCUUCUCUUACAUGUAAGGACUUAUUUUUGUGUAAGCUAAAACUGAAGAUUUAAGCAUUGCUAGGGAAAUGUGAGAGCAAUAUUCUCAAUGCAGAGUUGAUUUACCCAGAAUGACUGAUACAUAUUUAACUUCCCAGCAGGCAAUAAUAAUCACCCUAUUUGUACAGUACAGCUUUAGCAGUGUCCUCAGGACAUGAAUAUUUAAUGCCUCAUUUUCAGCCAAAGCUGACUGAAAUGUAAAAAAUUGAAAGAUUAAAUAAUUUAAAAUUCUUUUAUGUAGGAAAAGACUAAAACAAGCCAACAAUUUCAGCUAUGCAGUUUCCAUUUAAUCAAGUCUGGCUUCUUAAAUAAAGCUCACUUAAGCCUGGGAUUGCUGUGGCACCUCAGGUUCUCCUGAGCCAGUGUAUGGUGACAUUGUUCUCUCUGCUGGGACACUGAGAUUUGUCUCUGAACCGUCCAUCUUUGUCUGGAAUCACAUUUCUUCAUCUGACUCAGUGUCCCAAGCACAGGACUCCAGCUGCUCAUCCUCUGGGAAAUCCACCUCAACGUUGUACACGAAGUCAGGGUCAUCCUUCCUCUUCCUGUUCUGUUCAAAGAGCUCAUCCAUGAUGCUCUUCCUUUUGGCCAGUUCCCAGUCAUCCAGUUGGUUCAUAUCCUCCUCUGGGUCAAUGGUGUGUUCAUGAUGAUACCUUUCCAAGCUCUCAGACAGGCUCUGUCCUUCCAAAUGAUCUCUCAGCAAGCUGUAGAGCUUCUGGAGCUGGCGCAGCGAGACCCCUUCCAGGUAGGCCUUGUGCCGAGGGUUGUUCUUCAGCUCCUCGGCAGCCCUGCUGCAGUCUGGGGAGAGCCAACACAGGCACCUGCAGCUCCAACAAACCUCUUCCCACUGACACAUCCCCUCCCAAACCCUCCCCAGGGGUGUCUCCAAACCCCCCAGAGAGCCAUUGAGAUGUGGGCUCCUUGGAGAGGCAACAUUACCCCUGUUACCCCAUUUCUCUUCUCAAAGAUUUCUGAGAUUCACAUUCUCUGAACUUCAGAAAAAGAGAAAACACAAUUCUUACCACUUGCUGUGCCUGCGUUGUGCCAAACUAGAAUGCAAUAUGGAAAUUGUUUACUCAAAGUGAAGAUAUUUUGUUCCCUUGGCCUAUCAGGCCAAGAGUGUGUGUGUGUGUAGGGACUGUCAUGGGACAGUCACAAGAAAAUCAGAGAUGAGUGCAGUGUAAGCAGUUGUAAGAGUGAGUGCAUGGCAGAUUCAGUUUAGAUACAAUGCACAUAGUAUAAUAGAAUAUUAAUUGGCCUUCUGAUGACAGACUCAGAUGCAUCAUUCUCUCUCCCUCACCAACGAUGGAGUUGCCUUUGAUUUACAAUAACCCCAGCACACCCCUCCCUGCACACUGCUGGGAGGGCACUCAGUGUUACCAACAAUGCUGCUACCAAAGGGCUCCUCUGCAUGCAGCUGGAUGAAAAGAGUGAAUGCAUUCCUGCAGACAGGAAGGAAUGUCCCUCACCUGAGAACCUGGAGAAAUUCCUGACGGGCAUGAUGCGCUGGCGAGUCUUGUCCUGGAUGUUGUCUCUGUAGAUGAGGAUGAUGGCGGGGGGCUGGAAGCAGAUCCCACAUUUCUGUGCACUGAAAGUCAUCCUGGCUCCAUAAGAGUCCCCUGCAUCUCUCUCUGGGAAACAGGGGAAAAAGGAAAACAGGUGGCAGAGUCUCUCAGUUGUGGUAUCUUCUGGGGUCCCCCGUGGCAGGAAGGAAAUGAUGAAUCUGACUCCAUGUUCUUAGAAGGCUAAUUUAUUGUUUUAUGGUAUUAUAUUAUAUUAAGGAAUGCUAUGCUAAAACUAUACUAAAGAAUAAAGAAAGGAUACAGACAGAAGGUUUAACAAGAUACUAAUGAAAAACUCAUGACUGCUUCCAGAGUCCCAACACAGCUUGGUCAUUAAGUAAAAACAAUUCACGUGUUGGAUAAACAAUUCCAGACCACAUUCCAAGGCAGCAAAACACAGGAGAAGCAAAUGAGAUACUGUUGUUUUCCUUUUUCUCUGAGCCUUCUCAGCUUCCUAGGAGAGAAAUCCUGGUGAAGGGAUUUUUCCAGAAAAUAGGACAGUGACACUCAGUGGUGCUCUUUUUGUCAGGAGUUCAGUGAAAUCACAGAACCCAGAGUGGUCUGGGUCAGAACGGGCCUUAAAGCCCAUUCUAAUUCAAUUAUGAAAUUAAAUUAGAGGGGACUUAAAAAUCCAAAUGUGUUGCAGAUCCCGUUCCCAGCUCAGUGGACAGCACUGAGUACAGGUGUUACUUUUAUUAUGAAUAAAAUAAAUUGGUUAAAACCCAA